CUUCUGCAGAUACGAUUUUGCCUUUAGGGAGGACAAAGGGCAUGUUCUUGACGGCAGAGACUGGUCAUGUGCGUUUCAUGCCCUCUGCAGCCUCAGCAGACAGGGAUAACUCUCCAUAUGAUCCCCACCAGGCUCUAUGUCGAUCGGUAGGUUUGAGCGCUGGGCCAUAUCCUCUUGGCAAAAGAAAGAUCGAGAUAGACCAACUACUUGAUGAUCUUCCAUCUCGACAUCACUGCAGCCAAUUGAAAGACAUAUUUUUUAGCUCAUUUGCUUCCUUGUUCCAUAUUCUGCAUGAUCCCAUGUUCAACAAACAGUAUGAAGACUUCGAACAGGCACUCGAAUCAGUGUCUCUAUCAUGGCUAGCCCUCCUAUAUGCCAUUAUUGGGACAUCUGUAAUGGCUUUGGGACCGUCGAGUGGGCUUCUCAAUGAUCUCUCACGGAAAGAGCUUGUCGCUGACCAGAUUGCCGAGCUCUCCGAACGCUAUCGUAGCGCAGCCUUCAAGUGCUUGCAAGCUGAUAACUACCUACGGCAACAGAAUAUGACUACGCUCCAGGCGCUUAUCAUCCUAAUAUAUAGUAUCGAUCACAGCCAUGGCCAAACCUGGAUUUUGCUCGGCAUGUCCUACCACAUUGCCCUCUCCUUGGGUUGUCAUAUCGACCCAAGCGAGUUCCGUCUUGACGUUAUCAGAUGUGAGGAAAGGCGCCGCUGCUGGGCUGGCAUCAUGGUGCUAUAUAUGAUUCAAGCCAUGUCCUUGGGUCGUUUGGGAUCGGACCCAUCAACCGCAUCUAAAGGCGUUCAAAUGCCUUCCGAUCUAAACGACUUGGACUUGAUCGCCGAUGAAUAUAUUUUGCCCAUUACCUUCAACCGUCCAUCACAAAUGUCGUACCUCCUUCUCAAGUUUCGCCUGUAUGAGAUUGCGAACGAAGGCUCUUCAAUGGUUCGAACUUCUCUGCAUACUCCCUCUUCUCUAAUCAGCAGAUUGGACCAAAGGAUACUCAAUGAACAACGCAGUUGGCAUGACAAGUAUCUGUCGCAGUCGGGACUAGCUGCAUUACCUGUAUAUCAUAAAGUACAUUUCAAUAUUUUGCAAGGUUGUUCGCAUCAAUUGAUGUUGCUUCUUCACAACCACGCCUUGAGACGUUCCGUGGUGGACUCAGAACAAUGCCGUCUAUCGGUAUCCAGAGUUGCGCAUAGCGCAGAGAACACACUGCAUAUGCACACCGAACUAUUUACCAAAAAAAUCUUUUCUCCAUUCAGAUGGUAUCUUCGAGGCAUCGGCAGUUUCCAUGCGUACCAUGCAGCUGUAUCACUCAUCGCCGCCCUGACCGAACGCUCUUGGGGCUUGACUCACAAAGACGUUCUCUCAAUGGUAAGGCAGUGCGCUGAAAGAUUUGGGGCACUCACCGAAACAAGCAUUAUAUGUAACAAGGCUCUGCCGGUGCUGCGACACGUGUUGUAA